AUCAUUGAAAGAUUAAAUGAUUUAUUAGAGUUAUAGAUUUUAUAUUAGACUAAAUAAAACCGAAGGAUCUAUGUAUAGGUUUUAAAACACGAGAUUUAAUACUGAUUGUGUUAUUUAGUGCUUAUUCAUGUGCUGUAAGGAAGUUUAUUUUAAAUAAAGUGAUUACAGCGAACAUGACGUCACAGUAUGUACAAUUCGUUAGUUGAUUUUCCCCACAAUCGGAUUUUAAAUGAAAACUGCGCGGUGAUGGAUGUUUGUGUGUUUUAAACCCCGACACUGAGGACGUUUACUCGGUGUUUUUCAGCAGAAGGAGGAAUUGUGAUUGGUUACUGUGGAGUUGCACCAGCAGCCAAUCAGCGCCGAGCUGAGCAACAAGACGACAGCGCGUGCGCGCUUCACUUUUUUUUUUUUUUUUUUUUUUUACAUCAUCUCUCUCUCUCUCUCUCUCUCUCUCUCUCUCUCUUCACACAACGGGGCUCUUUAAGUUGCUGAGCGCGCGACACAGAGCAGCCAUUCAUUCCGGACAGCCGCAGGAGCGCGAGCCGCUCAGAGAGAGAGAGAAAGAAAAAGGGAGGGAGAGAGAGAGAGAGUGUGAGAGAGAGACAUAGAGAAAGAGAGAAAGAGAGAACGUGUGUGCGUGAGCGGAGGAUAGCGCACACACACACACACAUACACACGCACACGCACGCGCGCGCACGCCGUGAUUCCGGUCCAGCGCCGUCACGAAGUCAGUGUGAGGUGGCUGCUGAAUGGACUCACCUUUCUACAUCACCAGGAGAACCACAUCAGUAACCUGGAUGGACGCAUCAUCCUAAUUAAAGUUCAUUAGGCUACAAAGAGAGAUAAAGUAUUCACUGUGCAGUAGACUUUACUCCAGAGGAAGAGGUCAGAGGUCAGAGGUCAGAGUGAGAGAUUUACUCAUCACUGUGGUGAAUAGGUCAGAUCACCUGGAGAGUGUAGAAGAUGUCGGCUGAAGAGCAGAGUCUGUCGGAGGUGGAGUUGAGUCCUGGAAUGUCGGACGAUGGCGGCUCCGUGUCUCCGGGGCGGGCGGGUCACGCAGGAGACUCUCAGCUGGUGUCAGGAGGCGGGGCAGAGGAGGAAGGGGCAGGACUGUCUCAUGCAGGAGUCUCAGUAAAAUCAGACGAUGAUGACGAGCGCUUCCCCAUCGGCAUCCGUGAGGCGGUCAGUCAGGUGCUGAAUGGGUAUGACUGGACGCUAGUGCCCAUGCCAGUGCGCGUCAACACGGGCAGCAAGAGCAAACCGCACGUUAAGAGGCCCAUGAACGCCUUCAUGGUGUGGGCUCAGGCUGCACGCCGUAAACUUGCAGACCAGUACCCUCAUCUACACAACGCUGAGCUCAGCAAAACACUCGGCAAACUGUGGAGGCUCCUGAACGAGAAUGAUAAGCGGCCGUUCAUCGAGGAGGCGGAGCGUCUGAGGAAGCAGCAUAAGAAAGAUUAUCCGGAGUAUAAAUACCAGCCCAGGAGACGGAAGAACGGGAAGCCGGGAUCCAGCACGGACAGCGACGCCCACUCUGAAGGUGAUGUCACUCACAGCCAAUCACAUUACAAGAGCCUCCACCUGGAGGCAGGGCAUGGUGCUGGGGCAGGGUCUCCUCUCUCUGAUGGACACCACACACACCCUGCAGGUUCCAACCACAGCCCCCCGACUCCUCCCACUACGCCCAAAACAGAGCUCCAGGGUGGCAAAUCAGGCGAGGGGAAGAGAGAGGGUGGGGCUAGAGGGAUGGGAGUGGGUGCAGAUGGAAGCUCUGCCUCUUCGACUUCUUCCUCUUCCUCGAAACCGCACCUGGAUUUCGUGAACGUGGACAUCGGCGAGAUCAGCCAUGAAGUGAUGGCCAACAUGGAGCCGUUUGAUGUCAAUGAGUUUGACCAGUACCUGCCUCCUAAUGGGCACCACCCAUCAGGCUCAGGCUCCGCCUCCUGCCCCGCCCCAUCUCCUUCUCCUUACUCCUACUGGCUGUCAAAACAGCAGCUAAGCUCAGAAGGUGGGAAACCACAGAUCAAGAGCGAGACGCAUUUCUCGGGUAAUGCUGACGCUUCAGUGGGUGGGGCUUCCACAUCAGGGGGUGGAGCAUCAGCUCAUGUCACUUACACACCUCUCAGCCUGCCUCAUUAUGGCUCUGCCUUCCCCUCUUUGGCCUCCAGGGCGGCACCGUUUGCUGAAUAUGGAGAUCACCAAGCAUCCGGAUCAUAUUACACACACUCGGGCCAGUCAGGGCUUUACUCCGCCUUCUCCUACAUGAGCUCCGCCCAGAGGCCCAUUUACACUGCCAUCACUGACCCCGCCCCUGGGAAUAGCCCCACCCACUGGGAACAGCCUGUGUAUACCACCCUGACCCGGCCGUAACACACACAGACACACACACAAGAGAAAGAGACAUGAUGAUGAUGACGAUGACGA